CUCUGACAUGAAUUUUUGCUAUUCUAGUUUAUUAUGAACUUUCCUUGUAUGGUGCUAAUAAUUUUCAUAUGUUUUUUUUUGUUUAAUCUCAGAAAAAUCACAUAUAAAAGAACAGUUUUACUAUUCUCUCAUAUUAUAUGUAAUUAUAUAUAUUAAAUUAUUUAUAUUGAUUUAACAAUAACAAGUGGUGAAUUUAAUAAAAGUUUUAAACAAUAGAUUGGUUGGUAGUAGUAUAAAUAAAACUAAUAGUGGUGUAAUACAAAGAAUUCAAGUGAUAAUGGAGAGCAUGAGCAGCAGAAGGUGGUCUCUUCAAGGGAUGACAGCUCUGGUUACUGGUGGUACCAAAGGAAUUGGGCAUGCUAUUGUGGAGGAAUUGGCUGGAUUAGGGGCAGAAGUAUACACUUGCUCUCGCAAUGAAACUCAGCUUAAAGAAUGCAUAGAUAAAUGGAUAGCUAAAGGUUUUAAAGUCGCAGGUUUCGUGUCUGAUGUAUCGUCUAAGUCCAACAGAGAGGACCUAAUCAAUAAAGUCUCCACUUUGUUCAAUGGGAAGCUUAACAUCCUUAUAAACAAUGUUGGAACAAACAUCGGAAAGCCAACUGUGAAUUAUACAGCUGAUGAUUUCUCGUAUGUAAUGAACACCAAUUUUGAUUCUGCUUACCACUUGUGCCAACUCGCGCAUCCUCUUCUUAAAUCUUCGGGCGCAGGAAGUAUUGUCUUUAUGUCAUCAAUUAGUGGAGUUGUAUCAGUAAAUGUAGGCACAGUAUAUGGAGCGACCAAAGCUGCAAUGAAUCAGCUAGCUAAGAAUUUGGCGUGUGAAUGGGCAAAGGACAAUAUAAGGACUAACAGCGUUGCGCCUUGGUUCAUCAGAACUCCAUUUAUCGAAGAAGAUCUCGGUCAUGAAAAGUUCUCUAAUGCCAUAGUCUCGCGAACUCCUAUGGGAAGGGUCGGAGAGGCCGAGGAGGUAUCAUCGUUGGUAGCGUUUUUAUGUCUGCCUGCUGCAUCGUACAUAACAGGGCAGACUAUUUGUGUUGACGGAGGGACGACUGUAAAUGGUUUUUUCUAUAACUUUACAGCAACAGAACCUUGAAAUACGUUGCGAUGAAUCAUUAUAAUGCAGCAGAACAAAAGAUUGUAUCUAUUUAAUCUAAUAUUACCUUUUGCAAGUUUAUUGUA